AUGGCUUUUCUGUAUUUCAUCUUCACCUUCACAUGUUCAUUACUCUUUCUUUUACUCUUCCUCUUCUCUUUUCUCAUGCUCAGAAUCUUCGCAGGCAAGUCCAUCAGACACCCAAACUACCCACCUGUAAAAGGCACCACCUUUGAUCACCUGUUAUACUACAACAAACUAUAUGACUACCACACCCGAGUUGCGAGAGAAGGCCCAACUCACCGGCUUCUUUCUCUAAACAGCAGCAUGAUAUACACUUGUGACCCUCGAAACAUUGAGCAUUUUCUCAAGACCAACUUUGCUCAUUACUCAAAAAGUGACUAUAACAAAACUAUUAUGUCUGAGAUUUUGGGGCAGGGGAUUUUUGUUGUUAAUGGAGAGAAAUGGAAGCAGCAGAGGAAGCUUGCAAGCUAUGAAUUUUCGACAAGGAAUCUUAGAGAUUUCAGCUGUUCUGUAUUUAGAGGAAAUGCUGCCAAACUCGUUAAAUUUCUUUCAGAGUUUUCGAAUUCCAAAAGGGUGUUUGAUAUGCAGGAGUUGCUUAUGAGAUGUACCUUGGAUUCCAUAUUCAAAGUUGGAUUUGGAACAGAACUGAAUUGCUUGGAGGGGUUAAGCAAAGAUGGGAUUGCAUUUAUGAAGGCCUUUGAUGAAUCAGCUGCUCUAACUUACUGGCGUUACGUUGAUCCAUUCUGGAAGUUGAAAAGAUUUCUCAAUAUUGGUUCUGAGGCCACUCUUAAACAGUAUGUCAAAGUCACCCAUGAUUUUGUGCACCAACUUAUAAGGAACAAGAGGGAACUUCUAGCUGCUAAGAGAGAUGGUAUAAGUGACAAGGAGGACAUACUAUCAAGGUUUCUAAUGGAGAGCGAAAAGGAUCCAGUGGGAAUGAAUGAUGACUAUCUAAGUGAUAUAAUUCUGAAUUUUAUGAUUGCUGGAAAAGAUACAAGUGCCAAUACACUAUCAUGGUUCUUCUACAUGCUCAGCAAGAACCCUCUAAUACAGGGGAAAGUUGCACAAGAAGUGAGGGAUGUUGUCGGAAUGAAUCACGACUCUGACAUUGAUGAAUUUGUGAGGAACAUAACUGAUGCAAAUCUUGAAAAGAUGCAUUACCUUCACGCGACACUAACAGAAACCUUGAGGCUCUACCCUGCAGUUCCUGUGGAUGGGAGGUAUGCAGAGAAAGAUGACAUUCUUCCUGAUGGCUUUAGAGUGAAAAAAGGAGACAGAAUAGCUUACAUGGCCUAUGCCAUGGGGAGAAUGCCUUACGUUUGGGGAGAAGAUGCUGAGGUUUUCCGACCUGAAAGAUGGCUCGACAAUGGAGUUUUCAAGCCCGAAUCACCUUUCAAAUUCAUCGCAUUUCAUGCAGGGCCUCGGACCUGUCUAGGGAGGGACUUUGCUUACAGGCAGAUGAAGAUAGUAGCAAUGGCUCUGCUUUGCUUCUUCCGGUUCAAAUUGGCUGAUGAAACAAGAAAUGUAACAUAUAGGACCAUGUUCACCCUUCACAUUGAUGGCACCCUCCCUAUGCUUGCACUUCCAAGAAAAACCUCAUAG